CGGUCUAUGAGGUUUUUGACACCCAUACGGCCCUACGCCCUUUGCCGGCUCUACUCUCGAUUGCUCCAAUAAACUGAGCUCGAGGCUUUGAGCUUUGAAGCAGAUGAAAGCAAGCUGACAAUGGUUCAGGAAGAUAGCGGUGGUGAUGCUGAAGCCAUCCUUCCUCCAUGGCUCUACCUACUUUCUGCAUUUCUCUCCAUGGAACCAUCGGAUUCCAUAAUAUCCAUUUCCAGGGACUGUGGUGGUGGUGCAAUUACGGAGAGCGUUCAGAACUUCGUUUGGGAACAUUGUAUUAGCAGAGUAGAUAGAAAAGCUCAUGCACCUUACAUAAGGUCUUUCCUUAAAAAGUUUAUUCUUGAAAUUGAGUCUGAAGGUGCUGUUGUUGUUGAUGAACUUUAUGAAGAAUUAGCAUUUUACAUGGCUUCAUUAAAGGGCUAUAAUUUCAAGGGAGACUCAAGGAUUGUUAGGAAAAUCUCAUUUCUUUACCCUCCUGAUCAUGUUGAAGCUCAGAUUUGCCAAAAUCCAAAGAAAGUAGUAGCACCACUUUAUUGUUCACUUAAUAUGCUUGAAGGAGAUACUGGGUGUUCCUUAUGGCCCUCGAGCUUGUUCUUAUCAGAGUUUAUUCUUUCUUGUCCAGAAUUAUUCUCAAUGAAGUCAUGUUUUGAGCUUGGAUCAGGUGUUGGUUUGGUUGGCAUAUGUCUGGCACAUGUGAAACCCACCAAGGUGGUUCUAAGUGAUGGUGACCUGUCAACUUUAGCCAAUUUGAAAGUCAACUUAGACUUAAAUCAGAUGAAUGCCCAUGUCGAAUGCUUACAUCUACCAUGGGAAUCUGCACUUGAGAAUGACCUUCAAAAUCUUAAGCCAGAUAUAGUGUUGGGGGCAGAUGUGAUAUAUGAUCCGCAAUGCAUUCCGCAUUUAGUUCGUGUGAUUUCCGCUCUGUUGACCACAAAAAAGUCAAACUCCAUUCAUGGAGACAAAGACAAUGAGUUUUUUGUUGCAUCAAGAGGAAAACCUGUUGCAUAUAUUGCAUCUGUGGUGCGGAAUAUUGACACUUUUAAUUAUUUUCUUAAGGUGGCAAAAGAGGCAAAUCUUAGAGUUGUGGAUAUCACUCAAAAUGUGAAGAUGUAUGAUUUUCUUCCUUACAUGCGAUCUUACCAAAGAUCAUAUGUAAGAUUACUUGAGAUUUGUUACUCAUUUCAUUAGAUCAAUUUAUUGAAAAGGAUAUUAAUGUAUCAAAACCGUUUUUAAUAUUUAUGUAAAUUGUUAAGGUGAUUUGGACGUA